UUGUGGAGACUGCUGUGUGUUGAGAGUCCCUGAGUUGAAAGGCAUGGCUGCUGAUUGGCUGGGGAGCAUUGUAUCUAUUAACUGCGGUAAUACCUUGGGGGUAUAUCAAGGUCGUGUGUCUGCUGUGGACCAGCUCAAUCAAACCAUUUCCCUUACUUAUCCUUUCCACAAUGGGGUCAAGUGUCUUGUGCCAGAAGUCACAUUCAGAGCGGGAGACAUUGCCGAGUUAAAGAUUCUGGAUAUUCCUACGGACAGCAGCAAGCAUUCAAACCACCAAAUGCCUGACCAUACAGUGAGUGGUAGUUACUUGCAGUUCAGCCAGCAUAAUGGCACAGGCAAGCAGAAGUCAGCAAGCAUAUCCAGUGCAGCUCAAAAUAUCCCACGCAGAGUGGAGGUUAGGGGACCUGAGCUGGGUGGCACAUCCCCACAGCCCUGUUCCAAGAGUUAUGUGGAGAGACAUUUAGAGACACUCAACCAACCUAAAAAUUUUCGACGCCGACACAAUUCCUGGUCUUCCAGUAGCCGGUACCCAAACCAGGUCACCCCAAAGAAAAGUGGUCCCAAGAAUGGGCAGAUGAAAGCUCGUGACGACGAGUGCUUUGGAGAUGACCUUGAAGAAAUUCCAGAUACAGACUUUGAUUUUGAAGGCAACCUGGCAUUAUUUGACAAAGCAGCAGUGUUUGAAGAGAUCGAUACACAUGAGAGAAGAGGAGUAGUUGGAACUCGGUCCCGGGGGACUCCAAACGAGAGACCCCCAACUUACAGACAUGAUGAGAACAUCCUGGAGUCUGAACCAAUUGUUUACAGGAGGAUUGUGGUACCACAUUCUGGUGGAAAAGAAUAUUGCACAGACUCUGGACUGGUAGUACCUAGUAUCACUAUGCAAUUGCACAAGAAGCUGCUGUGCGUGGCAGAAAAGCAUGGCCUAUAUGUUGAGAGACGACUAGAAAUAUCAGGAGUUUGUGCAAGUCAAAUGACACUCACAUUGAUUGGUAGGACCCAUAGGCUUAACCCUAAGAAUGUGCACCAGCGUCCUACUGUAGCUCUCCUAUGUGGACCCCAUGUGAAAGGUGCGCAGGGUAUCAGUUGUGGCCGACACUUAGCUAACCAUGAUGUGGACAUUAUCCUCUUUCUGCCUAACUUUGUGAAGAUGCUGGAGCCAGUGACAAAUGAGCUGAAUCUCUUCUGCCAGACACAGAGCAAGCAAGUUUCCAGUGUCAAAGAUUUACCAGAAUGCCCUGUUGACUUGGUCAUCAACUGCCUAGACUGCCAUGAGAAUGCUUUCCUACGUGAUCAGCCCUGGUACCGAGCUGCAGUGGACUGGGCUAACCAGAACCGAGCCCCGGUUUUAAGCAUUGACCCUCCUGUCAGUGACCAGGAGCAGGGAAUUCAUGCUAAGUGGUCAUUAGAGCUUGGUCUCCCACUUGCUUUAGGGGAGCAAGCAGGACGGGUCUAUUUAUGCGAUAUUGGUAUUCCCCAGAAGGUGUUCAGGGAGGUGGGGAUCAACUAUCACUCACCUUUUGGUUGCAAGUUUGUGAUCCCUCUGCACUCUAUGUAGGGGGCACCUACUGUUUCCUUUGUAGACAAGUAAACUAACGUCUUAAAAUGGCAAAGCCAUUCUUUUAACUUCAGUGACAGUUUUUUUGUCAACAAAAUCACCUUUCCUCUGCUUACAGAAGUGUAAAAAAGAAAAUGGCUUCACUUUUGUUUCCCUUGUCUCCCUUUUAACAACUCCAACCACAUUAGCUGGAAGCCUGUGUGCAUCAGAAUUAUACCAAAACAUUUUACAAAUGGGAAUUUUGACCACCAUUCAUUUCCACAGCAUAAAACCGCUAUAUAUAAUUUCUCCAGUAUCUUUCCAACCAGUCUCAUUUUUUUACCUGACGAGAAUAUGGCAAUUACCUAACGAUGCACUUGGUGUGAUAACAUUUUUAUUUUAUGUGUAUUUAUUUUAAUAGAAAGUGCAGAUAUUUGUUCCCGUUUGAUGUUAUAAACACUGCCUGAAGAAAUGCAAAUUCAUGUACACUUUGUUACAGAAGUGAUUUCACCAUGUUCAUAUAUAGGGUUUCCUUUAUCCAGCUUCUGUGUAAAUUGUAAAACCUUCAUGUGGACAUAUUACAUGUACAAAAUAAGGGGCAUUAUGGGAUAACUGAACCUGUCCUAUGUUUAAUAAUUGUGCCAAUAAAUAUUGGCUUCUCUUUCUCAUCACUGUCCACUUUGCCCAGCAAUUAUGGAUAGUUAAAUAACUGGUGAAAUGUAGACUACUGACUAAAUUUACGUGGUCAGUAUAAAAUUAGUUUGACAUUUUACAGGGGUAAUAACGAGUUUUGAUGCCGCAACUUUGCAUUGUAUUAUAGAACCAAGGUUUAAAGAAACCUAUAUAAACAAAACAACUUAGCUAUGUUUUCUGAUGCAAAAUAAAAAAGUAGUGGGUUCUUUUUCAUUGACGCAUCUGAUGCAAUGUUUUUGCAGUUGAUAUAGAAUAUGCAAAUUUUGUACCAAAGUCUUGAAUCUGCCUGAACAAUCUGUGUUCCUUUCUGAGUUUUUUUGUUUUUUUUUUGCAGCAGUCUAUGCAGGAAGCAAAAUUGCUACAAUAAGACAGCUAUUUUAUUUUAAUUUUGUUGUGCUGUAUUUUUUAAAUGUAUUUUCUUCUACUGAAAUUCUGCGUGGGAAAAAAUUGUCAGUGCAAUUUUCUGUAUAAGGUGCCAACAAGGUAGAGGUGUGCUGUAAUGUUUGUUGUAUAGGAAAAGGUCAUCAGAAUUGUAAAUGCUAAUUUUUACAUUACAAUGAUUGUAAUGACACAACCCCUUUGUUUUAGUAGAGCACUGGUUUUCAAACCUGUCCUCAAGUCUCCCCAAUAGGCCAGAUUUUCAGGAUUUAAAUAACCAUGUUUACUAUUCAGCUGAUUAUUUCAUCUGUGCUUCAGUUCAGAUAUCCUUAAAAUCUGGCCUGUUAGAGAGGACUGGUUUGAAAACCUGUGUUGUAGAGGGUUGCAAGAAUUUAAAAUGAAUGUGCAGUGUUUACUUUGAGGGUCAUUGAUGUUUCUUGGUGAUGAUAUAGAAUCCUUAAAGUAAUACACUCAACAGAAUUUCUACAGGAAAAUUCACGUUUAUGACAAUUUUGAAUUUUUCUUUUCUUUCUUUCAAAGGUUAUACUAUAUAAUAUAGGAGAUAAUGCAGAUUUCUUACUGAAAAUCAGUAUUUAUGAGAAGGAAAAAAGAUGUAUUACAUAAACUGGUGCCGUGCUUUACAGAAACAAGGGGAUCCCCUUACUCAACAGCAAAAUUGCUGAUAAAUAAGUUUUGUUUUUCUAAGAAAUGCAUUCCCCUUGCUUAUUAAAAUACUGUCAUUUUAAACCAUUGACAACUUUUUAAAUGGUAAAAAUCCCUGCAGUAUAAGAAGUGUUUUUUUGUUUGUUUUAAUUGUUUUUAUUUGUGUUCUGAAUUAAUAGUUUAGAUAUGCAUUCAUGUUUCAGCAUGCACUAGUGAGGUUGUCUUUAAAGCUUGACCUGACUACAUUUUAUCAUCUGGAGCAUAGGUGCUCUUUAAUAUGUAAUCAGGAAAUACCAGUUGCUUUAAUAAAGCACUUCAUAAAUACUUUUUGUACAUCUACCCAUUCUUAUAUUUUCGAAAUUGCACUGAAACAACUUUAGCAUGUAUUUUUUCAGUAAUAUUGACAGAUCACUUAGGCCAUGCACUAGUGUUUUUCUUCUGAAGUCAUUUUAAUUUAUCUUUUUUCACCUGAAACCAUUUUAUCAAUAUGAAUCAUAUCUUUAGAAAAUUGAUAAUUAUCAUUGUUUAGCAUUUCACGAGACUAAAUAUUAGAAUAUUUGCAUUAAACACUGGAUUGUCCUACCUCUGUGGUAAAUUAUAUGUGAACUCUAGCAGAAUGUUUAAGCAGUUUGACUGUAGCACAGAGAUACCCAAACAUAAACAGGAUUUCGGUCUUCCUCCUUUUUUUUUUUUUUAACCUAUCUCCCUCCCCACCACGGAUAAAACGAACGGGCUCCAUUGUAUUGUGCAAAAGAUAAGAAAUUUUAAAUUGCUGUCCUGUUUGGAGACCUAAAAGACAGCAUUUGGCCAUCCUCUUUUGCAAAUGGUCCCCCCCAAAAUUUAUAUAUAUUUUAUUAUUAUUAUUAUUAUUAUUAUUAUUAUUGCAAAAGAACAGGGGAACUUUAACAGCUCUAUAUUUUCAAAAAGGGUGUUUUUAAAGGACAUUAGUACCAAUGGCAAAAAGUACCAAUGGCAAAAAAGUCUUACAGCAAAAACACAACCUGUCAAGAAGCCACCUUUUGUAGUGUUUGAACACACUGUAGGCACCUUCAGGCAUUUCUGUGCCAAUACAGCCAUAUUUUAGUGGAGCAAACUUGUGCACAGUGUAAAACGCUUAAGGCAGCUGUGCCUUUUGCCUUAUGAAGCACAUUAAAGGUGGCUUAUUGACAGGCAGUACAUUUGCUUUUAAGCCUUUACAAUGUACCUUUUAAAGAUCCUUAAUUGUUGUAAGCACUUGCAUGUCCUUUCAGUUAUUUUUAAUGCUUAAUUCUUGAUGUUUUUCACAAAAAAAAAGGUUGAAUGUUAUCACUCAGAUCUACGGGGACUAAGUGAACAGACUGCAUAUGUUCGCCUAAUUUAGGAUGUUUUCGCCAAUAAAAAAUAUUUCAAUACUUAAAA